UGAGAUGGCCAACACCAUGCAAAUCUCCAAAGAUGAGCUGGAGGAACUCAAGGAGGCCUUUGCCAAAGUUGACCUCAACAGCAACGGGUUCAUCUGUGACUACGAGUUGCACGAGCUCUUCAAGGAAGCCAACCUGCCUCUCCCCGGGUACAAAGUGAGAGAGAUCAUCCAGAAGCUCAUGAUUGAUGGUGACAAGAACAAAGAUGGAAAGAUUAGUUUUGAAGAGUUUGUUUAUAUUUUCCAAGAGGUGAAAAGCAGCGACAUUGCUAAAACAUUCAGGAAAGCAAUUAACAGAAAAGAAGGAAUCUGUGCCAUCGGGGGGACCUCGGAGCUCUCCAGUGAGGGGACCCAGCACUCCUACUCAGAGGAAGAAAAAUAUGCCUUUGUAAACUGGAUAAACAAAGCCCUGGAAAAUGAUCCCGACUGUAGGCACGUUAUUCCAAUGAAUCCAAAUACAGAUGACCUGUUCAAAGCUGUGGGAGAUGGGAUUGUGCUAUGCAAAAUGAUCAAUCUUUCUGUUCCGGACACGAUUGAUGAAAGAGCAAUUAACAAGAAGAAACUCACACCAUUCAUAAUUCAGGAGAACCUGAACCUGGCACUGAAUUCUGCAUCUGCCAUCGGGUGUCAUGUUGUCAAUAUUGGCGCAGAGGACUUGAGGGAAGGGAAACCCCACCUGGUCCUUGGGCUUCUCUGGCAGAUUAUUAAGAUCGGCUUGUUCGCUGACAUAGAGCUCAGCAGAAAUGAAGCACUGGCUGCCUUACUUCGUGAUGGUGAAAAUCUGGAGGACCUCAUGAAACUAUCCCCAGAAGAGCUGCUCCUAAGAUGGGCCAACUUCCACUUGGAAAACGCAGGCUGGCACAAAAUCAAUAACUUCAGCUCGGAUAUCAAGCUUACAGAUUUUGGUAAUUCAGUAAAGGAUUCCAGAGCUUAUUUCCACCUCCUCAAUCAAAUUGCACCUAAAGGGCAGAAAGAAGGAGAGCCUCAGAUCGAUAUUAACAUGUCUGGUUUCAAUGAGAAGGAUGACCUGCGGCGAGCAGAGUACAUGCUGCAGCAGGCGGAUCGGCUGGGCUGCCGGCAGUUCGUCACGCCGGCCGACGUGGUCAGUGGCAACCCCAAACUCAACCUGGCCUUCGUUGCCAACCUGUUCAACAAGUACCCAGCACUCACCAAGCCUGAAAACCAGGACAUCGACUGGACCCUACUGGAAGGAGAGACACGUGAGGAACGGACCUUCCGCAACUGGAUGAACUCCCUUGGUGUGAACCCCCAUGUAAAUCACCUCUAUGGUGAUCUCCAAGAUGCUCUGGUAAUACUACAAUUAUAUGAAAAGAUCAAAGUUCCUGUUGACUGGAAUAAGGUUAACAAGCCUCCAUACCCAAAGCUUGGAGCAAAUAUGAAAAAGGUAGAAAAUUGUAACUAUGCUGUAGACUUGGGAAAGCAUCCAGCUAAGUUCUCCCUGGUUGGCAUUGGAGGACAGGAUCUGAAUGAUGGGAACCCAACGCUGACACUAGCCUUAGUCUGGCAGCUGAUGAGAAGGUACACGUUGAAUGUCCUCGAGGACCUGGGUGAUGGUCAAAAAGCUAAUGAUGACAUUAUAGUCAGCUGGGUAAAUCAGACCCUGAAAGAAGCUGGCAAGUCCACCUCCAUCCAGAACUUCAAGGACAAGACUAUCAGCACAAGCCUGGCAGUUGUGGAUUUAAUUGAUGCUAUUCAGCCUGGUUGUAUCAACUAUGACCUGGUAAAGACUGGUCACCUGUCAGAAGAUGACAAACAGAAUAAUGCUAAGUAUGCUGUGUCCAUGGCAAGAAGAAUUGGUGCCAGAGUUUAUGCUCUUCCAGAAGAUCUUGUGGAGGUGAAACCCAAGAUGGUCAUGACGGUGUUUGCUUGCUUGAUGGGCAGAGGAAUGAAGCGAGUAUAAAGGGUUGGUCCUUGUAAAGAAAAACAACCCACAAAAUGCAACAAAAACCCAACCUGCCACCCUGGGUGCAUAAGUAGCAGAUCAGCUGUGACCACGUUGAAAUGCUGUUGGCCUAGGAACUGUUGAAGUUCAAAGAACUUUGUUUUGCUUUGCAGGACAAACUCUUAUCAAAAUUCUCAGGGAGAGGAGUUUUAACCAACAGAUGUGCUCUUUUCCCAAAGGAAGGUUUAACUUAUCAAGAGCUCACAGAAAUGCAUUUGUAACAGAGCUGCAUCUUGCAAUACUGCUCUGGAGCUGUUUUCAUCCCAUUAUUAGAUACUUGGUGCAUGGGUUUUUUGA